AUGGCCGAUGAAGCUCCCCCUCCCGGCCAUCCUCCCAAGAUGGCCGAUGAAGCUCCCCCUCCCGGCCAUCCUCCCAAGAUGGCCGAUGAAGCUCCCCCUCCCGGCCAUCCUCCCAAGAUGGCCGAUGAACCUAUAGACCCAAUGGACGAUGACUGUCCACCUACUGAUAGCGGCGGCAGUGGUCGCUCGAAGCCAGGCCCUCAGCGGCCUUCGAGCUGCUCGCAGCGCGGCAGCGGGCCGCCGCUCCAGACAGCCUGCUGGAGCCGGCCUCCGCCACCCCCACCCCCACCCACGCCGGCCACCCACUCCCUCUCGGCAGCCACGCACACCCCUUGCUGCCGCACAGAGAGCGCAGCAGUCCGGGCAGCUGCCUCACGCCGCCUCCACCCAGGCCGGCCAGGGGCUCUGCCUGCUCCAGGCACCGUCGCUCAGCGGACCCACCCUUCGCUGUGGGACCUCACGUUCUGCACGCCUGGCGACUCUAUUCAGCCGGCAGUGCAGACCGCGGCCGGCCUGCCCCAGCCCCCCACCGGAGGGCCGCGCCGCCCUAGAGGGACGCACCGCGGCGGAGGGAGGGCCCGUGCGCAGGGCACGGUGCUGGGGGGAGGGGGUGGGGAGCGGCCGGCAGCGGGCUGGGUGAGCCCUGGACACGCGCGCCGCUGCCUCGCCGAGUGCCGGCUGCCUCUAGCUUACCGAGCGGCCGAUUUUGGAACACGAUUCGCGUCGCACACAGGAAAACCUCAGACGUGUCCUACUUGCGACGCCUCGGAUCCUAUGAGCAAGAAAUGCCCAGGAAAGCUCCCGGUACAGCUAUCGACACAAAACACGUACGCGGGCGCGACGACGAACUCUAACACAGAUCUCCCAGUGGAGGACUGUAGCUGCCCCCACAGCUGGUGGCGGAGGAGGAGGCCGACCAGCCCCCGCCCCCGCUCCCCACCCCCGCCUCUGCCGCCGGCUCAGCGUCCGGAAGCGCCGACAAAAGCGACACUAGCGACGGCAGAUCGCACGGGAGGGAACGGCAACCGCAGCCCGAACCUGCGCCUCAACACGGUGUCAACGCAGGCAGACAGAGCAAAACUGACGGAGACCGUCGACGGAGAUGACGUCAGAGGAGUGCUGAAGAGCAGCGCCGACGGCAUCCCGACGGAGUUCCCCGGAUUCGCGUCGCACACAGGAAAACCUCAGACGUGUCCUACUUGCGACGCCUUGGAUCCUAUGAGCAAGAAAUGCCCAGGAAAGCUCCCGGUACAGCUAUCGACACAAAACACGUACGCGGGCGCGACGACGAACUCUAACACAGAUCUCCCAGUGGAGGACUGUAGCUGCCCCCACAGCUGGUGGCGGAGGAGGAGGCCGACCAGCCCCCGCCCCCGCUCCCCACCCCCGCCUCUGCCGCCGGCUCAGCGUCCGGAAGCGCCGACAAAAGCGACACUAGCGACGGCAGAUCGCACGGGAGGGAACGGCAACCGCAGCCCGAACCUGCGCCUCAACACGGUGUCAACGCAGGCAGACAGAGCAAAACUGACGGAGACCGUCGACGGAGAUGACGUCAGAGGAGUGCUGAAGAGCAGCGCCGACGGCAUCCCGACGGAGUUCCCCGGUGCGUACUGGGACGGAAAUGUCGAGAGGGCCGCAGCACACGUGCUCGCUAGGGGUGGGAGGAGGAAGGCAGCGCCCGCUGGAGGUCACAGCGAAAUGUGCGGCGCCGCUGCUAAGAAGGAGGCCAGCAGUCAAGGAGGAGAAGCCAGGCAGGCGGCGCCGCUGCACGACCCUACAACAGGGCCGGCUGGCAAAGCAGCGCUACACAGGCGACAGCUGUGGGGCCACUACCGCGGCAAACAACACGUACAGGGCGCUCAGAUGAUCACCUGCCGGGAACCGGAUCGGAAAAAAAAGUUCCCAAAUUUCACCUGCCCACAACCUACCACAGAAUGUGAAAGGUGGGAGCGCCGGUCCCGGCAGCAGAGGCCACCAGCUGCCGCCGCAGUGCCGCUCGUUCUGGGCAGCCAGGGCGCCGUCUCCAGAGCGAGGCGAGCCGGCUCUCUGGGCUGGCCGUACUGCGUGCGGCUGUCCGAGCUACGAGCGUGCUAG